AUGCAGCCUUCUUCCUCUUUUUUUAUUCCUUUCUUUCUCUCUUUCUCUCUCCUAUAUCUCUUUCUCUUCUUUCUUGACUUUUCCCUCUCUUUUCUGUUUCCCCCUUUCACCCUCUCUCUCUCUCCCUUUUAUUUUCUGUAUCCCUCUAUCUAUUAUCCUUCUUUCUCUUUCCUAUUUUACAAUACCACCCAUACUCAGCUUCUUCUCUUACUCUUCUCUCUUUUUAUCUCUCUCUCUCUCCUAACUCUCUUUCUCUCCUUCUUUCUUGCUUCAUUUUUUUUACUGGCCAGUUCACUGUUCUCACUAAACAGUUCAUUUUUCUUUGUAGUCAAUUGUCUUUCCUUAUUGAUCAGUUCAUUUUUCUUGCUGAUCAGUUCUCUUUUCUCGUUGAUUAGUUCAUUUUUGUUGCUGGCCAAUUCAUCUUUUCUUGGUGAGCAGUUCACUUUUCUUGGUGAGCAGUUCACUUUUUUUGGAGUAGAGGUUUAUAACCUCUUUAUUCAUAUCUAUCUAUCUAUCUAUCUAUCUAUCUAUCUAUCUAUAGAAAAUUCUAUCUAUCUAUCUAUCUAUCUAUCUAUCUAUCUCAGCAUGUUCAUAUCUAUCUAUCUAUCUAUCUAUCUCAGCAUGUUCAUAUCUAUCUAUCUCAGCGUGUUCAUAUCUAUCUAUCUAUCUAUCUAUCUAUCUAUCUAUCUAUCUCAGCGUGUUCAUAUCUAUCUAUCUAUCUAUCUAUCUAUCUAUCUAAAUGUGUUCAUUAUCUAUCUAUCUAUCUAUCUAUCUAUCUAUCUAUCUAUCUAUCUCAGCGUGUUCAUAUCUAUCUAUCUAUCUAUCUAUCUAUCUAUCUAUCUAUCUAUCUAUCUAUCUAUCUAUGUAUUUUUGCUUGUGUCUGCAAGUUUACUGAAGAAGAAGGAAAAAAGAAAGAAAUAUUUCAUUAAACUUUUUUUUCUUUCUUUUUUCUUUCCUUCUUCUUUCUUUCUUUCCUUCUUUCUUCAUUUCUUUCUUUCUUUUGAUCUUGUUUUUUUCUUCUUUGUUAACAUAUUUCUAUUUGCUAAUUAUUUCUUUUUUAUUUUUAACGUGGUCUUGUCAUUUUUCGUUCUUUUUUUAGUUUUAACUUCUUCGUCUUUCAUUUAA